AUGGAAGGGAGACCACGGACUGCGUUUGACUAUGAACUUUACGAAAGUGUUUUGGAUAGCAGCCAGUGUCAAAUGGAGAUGAGGGUUUUGGCCUCGAAUCCUGUAGUUUUCGCAAGAUUUUUGGACGCGGGUCUUCGUAUUCCACGGGACAUAUUCAGUGGAUCGACAACUGACUAUGGGAACUACUGGAACUGUCUCGCAAUUAAUGAAUUAGUUGAAGAAACUCCGAUUGAGGGGAAAUACUGUUUUGUAAGAAUACCUGUUGAACAAGAACUGUAUUUACCGUUUAAUUUGUCUUCGAGCGACGUAGUGAGAUAUACGCCUUCUUCGUUUGACAGUUUUGUAUCUGGACCACAAUCUUUCGCAGUCAAUCGAGGUGCUGCCAGGUCUGGUUCAAAUAGUCCAAUUGCAUCUUUGGAGUAUCGUUUCGGUGUGUGUAUACCAAAGCCCUGUACAACGCACGAUUGGAUUAGCAACAUUCUUUUCAACGUUAGCAUAUUUGGAUUUGAAUUCCAAGAAGAGUUUUGUCGACUGCCAAACGACAAGCCGUUUGUUGCUGCCGAUUAUGUGGCUAUCACUAUAUUUUCCUUCAUUGGCCUCAUCACAAUACUCAGCACUGGCUACGACCUACAUCAUACACAUAUUCUCAAAAGAGAUCCACGUCAAGCGAACAUAUUUCUGCGAAUGUUCUCCGUGUACACAAACUCCCGUCGUCUCCUCACCUUCUCGAAGAAUCCCAAUGCACUGGACUGUAUGGACGGCAUCAGGACAAUAUCCAUGAUGUGGGUCGUCAUCGGCCACACAUAUUCAGCUUUCAACUUCCAACAAAACCUCAUCGAGUCUUUAAGGUGGCUCACGUCUGCAAAGGCGAUAUGGAUUUCGACUGGUCUCUUCACAGUCGACUCCUUCUUCAUGAUGGCUGGUCUUCUGCUAGUCUAUACUUCGAUUGGAAAAAUGACAGGAAUGAUUCUACUAAGGAAACUACCAUCAUUUUACAUCAAUCGUCUGCUUCGAAUGUUCCCAUUGCUAGCAGCGCUAGUGUUGUUGGAGGCGUCGGUUUUUCACCGCGUCGGCGAUGGACCUUACUGGAUGACCGUAGCCAGCAAUACCGACAAAUGCAGAACAUUCUGGUGGUCUACCCUACUCCAUAUACAGAACUACCUCAAUCCUAAUGAUAAUUGCAUCCAACACUCGUGGUACAUAGCGAUAGACAUCCAGUUGCACAUAAUAUCGCCGCUGGUUUUGUUCUGGGUCUUAGACAAGGACAACAAACGAUCAGCAUGGACAGCGCUGACUAUUGGGAUACUGGUAGUUCUAGCUGGUUCUACUGUCGUCAAUUUCUUGCUGAAUAUGCCCUCUACCAACAUGACUCUCUCGCGUUUGGAUGAGCAGGCCAGUUAUAUGAGCAACUUCUAUAUGAACACAUUGACGCGUGCCUCGCCGUUCUUCAUAGGGAUGUUUUACGGCUACAUCCUAGCUUUGUGGAAGGGAAAGGAAGUCAGGAUAAACAAGUUCGUCGUCGCCCUCGGGUGGUUGCUGGCGCUUACCCUUAUAGGGUUGUGCUUCUACAUGUCAUUCGUGAUCAUGGAGCUGACCUGGGACAACCAGAUCGGCGACAACCUGUUUAACUCCUACAUGAGAGCUGCGUGGGCGAUGGGCGUGGGAUGGAUCAUUCUAGCGUGUGUUAAAGGAUAUGGAGGUCCUAUUAAUUGGUUCCUUUCUCUGGACAUGUGGAAGUUGCCAGCCAGGAUAUCCUUCGCCAUGUACCUUUGUCACUACCCCAUUCAGUUCGUGGUCACAGGCAUGGAGCUCACGCCAACAUACUUCAGAGUUGACGCCAAGUUCUUCGAGUUCCUAGCCGUGAUAACGCUCACAUUUAUAGUGGCGUACGUCAUGACUGUGACCAUUGAUGCCCCGUUCUCCGUGCUCACCAAGAUCCUUAUGGGAGGAGGAGUUCCCAAAAGGCCAAGACCGAAGCCCCAGGCUGAAGUGAUAGAAAAUGGCAAAGAAGAACAUAUCAACGGGGGAACACCGAUUAAUGGUGUUGGCGUCACCGCCAACACAGUUCUUCCCAAAAGGCCAAAAUCGAAGCCCCAGGCUGAAGUGAUAGAAAAUGGCAAAGAAGAACAUAUCAACGGGGGAACACCGAUUAAUGGUGUUGGCGGUGAAUCGGCAAAGACAAAAUUCUGAUCGAAUUUAUUAUAAUAAAAAGAUAUCCAAUAUCCAUAGAUAU